AUGGCCGACAACGAGAAGGGGCAGGCCGAGUCCGUGGCCAAGGGGCCCGGGUCUGUCAACCAGGCCGAGUACGCCGAGUACCACACCGCGGACAUGGCCCUCGUGGAGGCAGCAGCUGCGUCCAGCGAGGCCGAGACCAAGCUCCCCCGCAAGGAGCUCUUCAGCCGGUACUGGCCGGCCGCCGUCUACAGCAUGCUCCUGAGCAUGGCCCUGAUCAUGGAGGGCAUGGAUGUCGGCCUGAUCAACAACUUCUUCGGGCAACAGGCCUACCUCAACAGGUUCGGGUGGCCUGAUGCGAACGGCAAGCAGCACAUCCCCAGCUCGUGGCAGGCCGCCAUCGGCAACGGCAACAACCUGGGCAGCAUCAUCGGUCUCCUGCUGAACGGCUGGCUGCAGUCGCGGUUCGGGAGUCGGCGAGUCUACAUGGGCGCCAUGACUCUCAUGGGCGCCACGAUCUUCACGCUGUUCUUCGCCGUCAACGUCCAGAUGCUGUUCGCCGCCAACAUCCUGUGCGGAAUUCCCUGGGGUAUCUUCCAGACACUCACGACUGCAUACGCCGCCGAGAUCUGCCCUACAGCCAUGCGGGGCUACCUGACAUCCUGGGUGUCCAUGUGCUGGGGCUGCGGCUCGUUCCUGGCGGCAGGAGUGCUGCGUGGCUCGCUGGGUCUCCCGGGGGACCUGGCAUGGCGCGUGCCUUAUGCCCUCCAGUGGAUCUGGGUUGUCCCUCUGUUCAUCGUCGGCUUUGUGGCCCCCGAGAGCCCCUGGUACCUCGUCCGCCGCGGGCGCCUCGAGGAUGCCGAGAAGGCCCUGCGCCGCCUCGCGCGCAAGGGCCACUACACGGAGCAGACCAUGGCCGAGACGCUCGCCCUGAUGAAGCACACCAACGAGAUGGAGAAGAUCGAGGCGAUGGGUGCGACUUACCGCGACUGUUUCCGCGGCACCAACCUGCGCCGGACCGGCAUUGUCUGCAUGGCCUGGAUCAUCCAGAUCCUGAACGGGCAGGCCAUCUGCUCCUACGCCACCAUCUUCCUGCGGUCCGCCGGCAUGCCGCAGGUCCAAGCCUUCAACUACAACAUGGGCAUCCAGUCCGUGAACAUCGUGGGCACGGCGAUCGCCAUUUCUCUGAUGGGCAAGGUUGGGCGUCGGAUCUUCUUCUUCUACGGGUCCUCGAGCAUUGGCCUUCUCAUGCUGGUCAUCGGCAUCAUGGGUUUCGUGCCGGGCGCCAAAAACGUCGCCAUCGCCGUGGCGGUCGUCCUGAUCCUGGUAAACCUGAUCUUCAAGCUCUCGCUCGGCCCGACGACCUACACCAUCGUGGGGGAGAUGUCGUCGAGCCGUGUGCGGGCGCAGACGAUUGUGCUCGGCCGUGCCAUGUACGUCGUCGGCCAGAUCAUCCUGCAACAGCUCAACCCGCGCAUGCUCAACGACAGCGCCGACGCGUGGAACUGGGGCGCCAAGGCUGGUAUGCUGUACUUUGGGCUGUGCUGCAUCUGGGCCGUCUGGAUCUUCUUCUUCCUGCCCGAGACCAAGAACCGCACAUUUGCCGAGCUGGACUACCUGUUCCAGAAGAGGGUGCCGGCGCGCCAGUUCUCCUCCCACCCUGUUCACUUGUUCGAGAUUACCGUGCCGGGCGAGAAGUAA